UUUAUUGUUCUGAAUGUGAAGACAUGAUGGUUACACCCCCACCCCCCUCUGCUCUAACUCUGUUUGACGAUGCUUUCUGACUCCUGGGAGAGUCAGAUGUGUGCGGGCAGGUAGCAGUGGAGCACUUAGACUAUUGGGACCACAGGCUUGUAGUCUUGAGUGCCACAUUUCCAAAUGAUCUUUUAAGAAUGGCUGGAGCAAUCAUAGAGAACAUGAGCACUAAGAAAUUGGUUUUCUUGGGAUUCAUUUUUUUUGUCUUUCAAGUUCUUUGCAUCAUGGUUGGAGCAUUAAUCGGUGAGUAAUCUGUUUUUAUUUAAUUGUUGUAAUGAGUGUUUCUAGAAAGUGUAACCUACAUGUGGUUUGUGUGUUUUUAAAAGCACACCAAAAAUCUUUUUUUCUGUACUUCAAAAUUCAAACUAUGUCUCUGACAGAUUGUUCCCUUUUGCCAUAGCUCCUAGUCCCACCAGUGCCAUUCGCUACUUGGCCACCAAAUGCAUUAAUUACCACAGGGCUGGCGGCUGGUUCAUGCCGUGGGGAUCAAAUCGAUGCCAGCAGAUCCACAGUUUUGAUGAGCCUCUGGCAAAAAAACUGGAUGCCAACAACAUUGUUUUUGCGGUGCACAUACCUCUUCCCAACACAGAGAUGAGCCCCUGGUUUCAGUAUAUGCUGGCAGUUUUACAGUUCGACAUUGCGUUCAAAAUGAACAAUCAAAUUGGUAAGAGCCGUCUUUGUCGGAAGUUCGAAAUAGAUUGAAGCUACUGUAGUUCUCAUGGUGAAUAUGUAAUAAACCAAAUCAUGCCCCUCUGUGUGUAGAAGAUGACGUUACCAUCACUAUUGAUGCUGGCCUGGCAUACAGGGAUGAUUUGAUAUCUGAGUGGACCGCAAAGUGUCACUCAGUAGAGCAAAGGCCACUUAGGUGCAUAUUUGCAUUCCCUAAGAUGUAUGAAAAUGAAGGCCGCUUUUAUCACUGUGAACCCAUACCAUUCAUGGAACUGGGAAGUGUGGCUCACAAAUAUUUUUUGAUUAACCUGCGCUUGCCAGUGAAUAACACGGUGAACGUUGGCAUUGGAGAAAUAAAGGACAUCCAAAUAGUAGGCAUCCACCAGAAUGGAGGCUUCACUAAAGUGUGGAUAAGCAUGAAGACGGUCUUCAGUCCCUGGAUAUUUGGGGCAACAGUUUGGUACUGGCGCAGGAUCAGCCUCAUGGCAAGACCUCCAGUCCUGUUGGAAAAGGUGAUUUUUGUUCUGGGUACCUCUAUGACAUUCCUGAACAUGCCGGUCGAGUGGCUCUCCCUGGGUUUUGAGUGGACGUGGAUGCUGCUGUUUGAAGAUAUUCAACAGGGCGUCUUCUACUCCACGCUCUUCUGUUUCUGGAUCAUAUUCUGUGGUGAACACCUCAUGGAACAAAGUCAGAGGAAUCGGCUGUCAGCGUACUGGUGGCAGGUUGGGCUGAUAGUGUUCGGCUCAUCUGUUCUCCUCAUAUUUGACCUGAGUGAAAGGUAAUGGACACGGUUUCUUUUGAUGGGGUCUAUUGUGUUAUGGUUAUAUCUUUCUUUAAAUAUGAAUGUGCUUCAUGUCUUGUAUAGGGGGGUUCAUUUGACCAACCCUUUCUACAGUGUGUGGGCAUCAGAAAUUGGGUCAAAAGUGGCAGUAUCCUUCAGAUUUUUAUACUACAAUUUAAAAAAGAUUUUGCCCUCUAAGAACAUUAAAUGUAGCUCUCUCUGUGUCAUCCAGGGCUUUUCCUUGACUGUGAUGACAGAUUACCUUCAUUAUUGUGGCAGGGAUUUCUGUUUGUCUGUAUUUCCUCUCCCUGUGUGGCAUGGUGCAUUGUGUCUUUAGGAACAUUGGUGGGAAAAUACAGCAACUUCCUGCAAUGCCAGAAGCUAGGAGACUGCGGUAUAAGGGUAUAAUCCUCAGGUUCCAGUUUUUGAUGCUGGUAACUCUAGCCUGCGCAGCCAUGACUGUCAUCUUCUUCAUCUUA